AUGGACCAACCACCAAAAAUUCAAGCAGACGUAGACAAUCUUGUAGACAUAAUGAAGACAACAUUCAACAGAGCUGCUAUCAGUGCAAUUGAAGAAGCAACAAGAAUGCAGUACAAGCCCAGCUUGUGGUAUGAGAUGAGAUAUGGCCGUAUCACAGCUUCAAAGGCACAUGAAGUGAGCGUAUGUCAUACACCUGAUGGUUCAUUGGUUGCUACUAUAAUGGGCGCAAAAUACCAGAUACUAUUGCAAUGA